UUUACAGUUUCUACUUCAAUGUAUCAGGUGGAGUUAUUCACCAGCUAUAGAGUGAGUUGUUGUUUAUGUUUCUAAGACUGCAGGGUGGGAGAUGCAACAAUGGCCUUGAGAACAACAGGAAGUGUGUUGGUGUUUCUCUGGUCUGUAGCAGGUGUUCUGGGACAAAAUACUGUGAGGAGUGUCUGUGCCUUAAAGGGGUCAUCAGUGGACUUGCGCUGUCCUGUAACAAAUCCCAUUUGGACCAAAGUCAUAGUCUGGUAUAACAAACGGUUGAAUCAUGAGCCUUAUGAUCUGAGAUGGGACCCUAAUUAUAAAGGUCGUGUGGAGUACCGUGGAACUACAGAGAAAGACUGCAUCCUGAGAAUCACAGACCUGAGACAGAGUGACGUAACAACAUAUUACUUCAGAUAUAAAACAACCCAGUAUUCAGAAUGGAAAUAUGGCUCAUACGGAUUCAUUCUCAGUCUCACAGAUCUAAAGGUGGAGAGGAUGUAUGACAACACACUGACCUGUAGCACCACCUGUACUCUGACUGGUAACCCCACCUACAUCUGGUACAAGAACGGACAACAUCUAGAUGAGAGCACCUCCCCCCAGUACAAAUACUCAGUCUCCAGUAACUAUGACGACAGUUACUCCUGUGCUGUAAAAGGCCAUGAGGAUCUCCACUCUCCUGCAGUGUGUGUUCAGUAUCAGAGCUGCAGCAGAGUGACUUACACCAAGAGGAGAAUCUGUGUCUUGAAGGGGUCAACAGUGGACAUAUCCUGUACUUAUGUUGGUUAUUAUUCCAUCACAUCAACAUUCUGGUUUAGAAGUGAUAAGUCGACCCCUGAAGACCUAACCAGAGACCCAGGGUAUGCAGGUCGUGUGAAGUACACUGGAACAUACAGAGGUCCCUCCAUCCUGAGAAUCACAGACCUGAGAGAGGAGGACUCAGCUGAGUAUCGCUUCACUUUUAAAACAGACAACUUUGAAUGGGGUCAUAGUUUCCCAGGAACAACUCUGACUGUCACAGACCUGCAGGUGAAGGUGAUUCCUGACACAGUGACAGAAGGAUCAUGGGUGAAACUGACCUGUAGCACCACCUGUACUCUGACUGAAAUCCCCAACCCCACCUACAUCUGGUACAAGAAUGGAGAAUACCUAUUUUCUGACUCCUCUCCCCAGUAUCAAUACUCAGUCAGUAGAGGAGGUUCUGACAGCUACUCCUGUACCUUAAGAGGCCAUGAGAAACUCAGCUCUUCCAAAGUCACAGUGGAUACUUCUUCUCUUAGCUGCUUGAGUGUGACCUACACCAGUAGAAUUAUCUGUUCCUUGAUACCAUCAGUGGACCUGCCUUGCACUACCAUAUAUCCCACAGACCUGCAGGUGAAGGUGAGUCCUGACACAGAGGCAGGGAAGAGGACACUGACCUGUAGCACCACCUGUUCUCUGACAGUUAACCCCACCUACAUCUGGUACAGGAAUGGACAGUCUCUUGCUUGGCCCACUUCCCAACAAUACUCUGUCUGGAGUUCUGAAACAAAGAGUUACUCCUGUGCUGUUAAAGGCCAUGAGGAUCUCCACUCUCCUGCAGUGUGUGCUCAGGGUGACAACUGCUGGAGGGUGACUUACACCAAGAGGAGAAUCUGUGUCUUGACGGGCUCCACAGUGAACAUAUCCUGCUCUUACACUCAUCCCACUAGUUAUAUAGAACAAGGUUCAUUCUGGUUUACACAGAAACACCGUGUAGAUCUCAGUUCAUAUCCAGAGUAUGCAGGUCAUGUGGAGUACAAUAGGAACACAGAGAACCACCACACCAUGACAAUAACAGACCUGACAGAGAAGGACUCGGCUGAAUACAAAUUCAGAUUACUAACAACACAUGAGGGGAGAUUUUCUGGUCUUCCUGGUGUGAUGUUGACUGUCACAGAUAUCCUAUUGGUGAUGGAUCCUACGUCUGUGUCUGAGGGGGAGAGAGUCACACUGAGAUGUAGAACCAAAUGUCCAGUCAGUCUCAACCCCACCUACAUCUGGUACAAGAACGGACAACGUCUGACCAAACCAAUCACCAGUUAUAACAGUCUGAUCCUAGACCCAGUCACCAGUUAUAACAGUCUGAUCCUAGACCCAGUCAGCAGUGAGGAUACAGGGAACUACUCCUGUGCUGUAGAAGGCUUUGAGAGAAUCCUCUCUCCAGAAGAGACUCUCACUGUCAGAUAUGGUCCAAAGAGCACCUCAGUGUCAGUCAGUCCCUCUGGUGAAAUAAUGGAGGGCAGUUCAGUGACUCUGACCUGCAGCAGUGAUGCCAACCCACCUGUGGACAAAUACACCUGGUACAAGAAGAAUGUAACCUCACCAAAAGCAUCAGGACAGAGUUACAGCAUCACUAACAUCAUCUCUGAGGACAGAGGAGAAUAUUACUGUGAGGCUGAGAAUACAAUAGCUUCUAAGAACUCUACAGCUCUGAUGAUCAUUGUAGCAGGGAAACAGACCUCAGUUCUGACUGCAGCUGUAGGAAUCAUAGUGGUUGUUCUGGUUCUCAUCCUCUGUCUCUCUGGACUCAUGUGGUUCAGGAGAUCCACAGGAGGAAGUGAUGCCACAGCAGACACACAGAGUGUCCGUCCUGACUGUAACAGUGACACGUACACAGGUCUGAACAUGAGGACCAUGUCCCCUGACUAUGACACUCUGGCAAAUGUCCAUCCUGACCCUAACAGUGACCCCAACAGUGACAUGUACACACCUCUGAACAUAAUGACCAGGUCACCAGAGUAUGACACCCUGGCAAAUGUGAGGGGAAUCUCCCUCUGAAGAGAAGCAGCACAGAUCCUGGACUGAAGAGAAGCACCACAGAUCCUGGACUGAAGAGAAGCACCACUGAUCCUGGCCUGAAGAGAAGCACCACAGAUCCUGGCCUGAAGAGAAGCACCACUGAUCCUGGCCUGAAGAGAAGCACCACAGAUCCUGGCCUGAAGAGAAGCACCACAGAUCCUGGACUGAAGAGAAGCACCACAGAAGCUGGACUGAAGAGCUACUGUUCCAAUCCAAAGCCAGGCAUCACACCUCUAUUCUCAAGCUAUCAUAUCUAGAUGGUUUUCCAGACCAUGAUCUUUAACUUUUGAGUAAAUGCUGGAAUAUACAUUUUAUUAUUUUAUUAUGAUAAUUAUGUAUAUUGAUGAUAAAUGGGUUAUGCUUCUGCUUUUUUUCAAUGGGAUUUUUCCAUUUCCAUAUUUUUCUUGUGUACUAAUCUGUUUAAUAUCUAUAGUUGAAGUUUAUAUUUCUGAUCUUUUUCAAUGGAAUUUUGCCAUUUAGGGAUUUAUAACAUCAAUAGUCCUACUUUCCUCAGCAACUAAUAUGGAUAAUAUUGAUAAAAGCUUUUUAAUAUUUUUAGCUUUUGGGCCAAGUUUCUCCUGAAGUGUUUAAUGAUGAUUUACUUUGUAUUGCUGUCAUAUAUUAUUCCACAUUUUAUAUUUGGGGCGGCAGGUAGCCUAUAUUGGGGUGGCAGGUAGCCGAUAUUGGGGUGGCAGGUAGCCUAUAUUGGGGUGGCAGGUUGCCUAUAUUGGGGUGG